CACGCCCCCAGCUUCUCCGUCCAUGUGGUUGAUAUAAACACAGAUAACUUCCGUGCCAAGCUUUUUGGCUUCAAUAUUUAUUACAUUUUCUAAACUGUGCGCUCAUUAACAGCUGUCAGCAUGUCUGUGUCCGUCGACGUUAAUUAUCAAAACCAGAUUGCGUCUGUUUUGGAUUCACUUACAAAGGUGGCCGUCGUGGAAAUAACGAAACUGUUCGAGAGUCGCUUCCUUGUUACGGGAACCACCGUUCUCAUUGAAGGGCGGACGGAGCAAAAUGAAAUCCUGCAAACGGUGGACUUUGUCAAAAAGUCAGGCAAGAAAUGUCUUCGCAGUAUCGGAGUUCAAGUGGAUGAGGAGCUACCUGCCCCAAAACAGUGCUCCUUCUCAAAGGGCAGUGGUUCUUUGAAAGGGAGCAGUGAGAAGGAGGGUCCUGCACAUUAUAUCCCCCUGCUGGAGGCUAAUCAGCAUGCUGACCUCAAGUGCUCUGUUCUAGAAGACAAGGAUGUGGAGAUGGUGAAUGGGAGCAGUCUGGAACCAGAAUCCCCAACAACCACUGAGCCAGAAGGAGAACAAGUUAUCUAUUCCGCCCCUAUGUAUCCAAGCCACCUCUCUGGUACUGUUCAAAGCUCCCCAACUAAGCAGAAACCCCAGCCCAUAAAGACAGAAUCAGAGAAUGGAAUGAACACAGAAAGGGUGACUAAAGUAAUCUGCCAAACGGUCCCAAAGGCAGAGGAGCAGGAUUCAACACCACAGCCUAAAUGUAAAGAAAAGCCUACCCAAGUGGAGCCCCAGCAGGCCAGUGUCAGCACUGCAAAGGAGACAGCCUACAGCCCGUCCUCCUCAGAUGUGGCUUUGGCUCCUGUACAGGCUAAGCGAAAGUUGAAAUCUAUGGGUGCAUGGGACCUUCCCUCUGCGGUGAAGAAUAAAAAGAAGGUGGACUUCAAGCUAGACCAGAUGAAGGAAGAAGAAGAAGAAGAAGGUGGAUUUCAAGCUGGACCAGACCUCCCUGGAGCACAAAUUGACGAGGGCCUGCUCGGUGCAGCUGGUGAACCUGCUUUUGGUGCCUGGAGGAAAUAACUCUGGAGGGAAGAAGAAGGCUAAUGGGAGCUACUGUCACGACAGCAAGAGGUUCCCCAUGCCCAAGGACCUCAAGACCCACCAGGGCCUCCACACAGGCCGGCGCCUUUGCUGCUUCACUCAGUGUGGGAACGGGGUCUGGCGGCUUCAAAGCGUACUCUCCGCGAGCCGCUCCUACGGCUGCAAAAUCUGCGGGAAGAGGUUCAAACGCAGGAAGAUCUUGAGGAGGCAUGAGCGUUUCCACACCGGGGAGAAGCCCUACUCCUGCUACCAGUGCUCCAAGAUGUUCGCCCUGCGGAAAAGCCUCCGCAGGCAUGAGAGGUUCCACACGGGGGACAAGCCUCACAGCUGCCCCCAGUGUGGGAAGAGCUUCCGGCUCAGGGACAAUCUGAAGGCUCACCUGCGCUUUCACACCGGCGAGAGACCUUUCACCUGCUCCUUCUGCUCCAAGAGCUUCAGAAUCCUCAGGAACCUUGAGGAACACAGCAUUGAUCACUUGGGAGUGACAGCGAAAUAGCUCACUUUCCGACAAAGAGAACUAGCACUGAGCAGCCUUCAUCGGCUGGUUGUGUAAGCCGCAUUACAAAGCUGUUCUAUCUCUAACUGAAACUACUAAAUGUCCAUUCCUAAUUUAUAACCGAUCCUUCAGCAUUGGUCGUUUUUGAUAGGUACUAUGACUGUAAAUAACCAUUAUGAUGGAAGAUGGGGACAGUGGAAAGAUCUGAAAGGAGGCAGUCAACCAUCCUGCAUAGGUUUGGAUUGUCCAGAAUGAUCAUCUGAGUAAAGCUUCAGUGGACACUGAUGAUAUUUAUAGCCAUAAUGUUCUAAUACAGUAAGGGCCGGUAUUCCAGACACCGAUUAUGCCUAGUCCUAAACCUUAUUUCAAUGGAGAUUUUUUAUUGAGCAUGCUGGACUAGGCUUAAUCUGGGUCUGGAAAACUGGCCCUUGGUCUUUACACUGUAUAUCGUUGGACAAAACACAAGGGACAUGGAACUGUUGUCUCCUUGAAGAAUACAUAGUGUUGUACGUUGGCCAGGGCUGAGAUUAGUUUGAGGUCUUUCUCAGACAGCAAUCUAUGUUCAUGAUACAUCUCUUCACUUUGUAGUAAAUAAACAGAUUGUUCCUUUUGUGUAUUUUUGUUUGUAAGUAGUUGUAAAGGUAGGCUUAAAGUGUUGUUUGUUUUAUACUUUUAUCUUGAACUCUUUUACUAAACCAUUAUGCCAAAUACCUUAGUAGUGCAGCAACUUUCUCUCAUUCUCUUUAUUCAUAGUGCUGUGUUUGUCAGGAAAACACCCUCCUUACUUUUUCCUGUGUAGACAUCAGGGAA